CUUGGAUAACUGCCUCACAAUAUUGAUGAAGGGACUGGAACCGAAACGCAACUUCUUCUUAUCGAUCUUAAUCAAACUUUGACAAACUUGAAGCGGAAAGUCCAUUAUCAUAACAAAAUGCCUUCUAGAGAAAGGAGACCGCGUCUUGAUGGCUGGGGAAGGUUCAAAUUAGCAUUUAUCACAUUUGCCUUAUAUGCUUUAGGAUUUCCCAUCUUACUAUUUCAUGUUCUGCUACUGAUCGGCUGUGCAACCGACUCACCCGGUAUGGACAACAUCUACGUUGCCUCACUCUCCGACGAAGUCAGAUUUUCCUACACUUCCCUCUGCGCCCCCACCACCACGGGCCGCACCUGCACCCUCUCUGUCGGAAAAUCCCCCCUCAUCCUCACCACUCUCUACAACUUCACUACUCCCCUUUCCACCCUCCAAUACGCACUCGAUCUCCAAACAAGCAUAUCCUUCGUCAUCCCCGCCAUGUCCGCGCUACUCUUCCUCUUCGCCCUCCUAACCCUCUUUUCCGCCCGUGGAAUCAUAAAAAGAAACGGAACUAACACUCCCUCCCACAUCUUCACCAUCACACUCCUCUUUUGGACUUCCGCAGCCGUAGCUUUCGCCGCUGCGUAUUCGCUCACCUCAUCCGGCGCAGCAUUGGCUGUGCAUCCCCCAUCUUCCCUUUCCGUCUCAAACUCAAACUCAAGCGGAGAAAACACAGAGACGAACAUCGAGCCUGGAAAAGUAAUGUUAGCGCUUCAAUGGAUAACGUGGAUUUUUAGCAUCGUGGCUGCGAUGAUGAGCGGGAGUAUUACGAAGACGAUUUUGAACGGAUCGUCGGGGGAGAGGAGGAGGAGAAAUAGUAGAAGUGGGAGUCUGUAUGCAAGAGGCCCGAGUAUGGGAAGGGCUAAUAGAUCUUUAGUUCCGCCAUAUAGUAGAGAUCCGUUGCCGAGAUCGGGGAGCCCGGUUUCGCCUAUUUGA